UUUUAAGGCUAUCCUUGUGUCAAAUACUCAAAGGUGCGAUUUUGCUACAAAAUCAAACUAAGUGCCUUUUCAUUGAUCCCAGUUGAGUACAGGGAAAUAACUUAUAACAACGAAUAUUCUAUGAGACUGGUUAGCUGUAAUAAAGGGAUUCAAAAUGGAGUCAAAAAAUAGAUGGCUGAUCAUUGUUCUGCCCUUGUUAAUGACUUGUUGCAGUCCAGUCAACCUGAUUCUGAUAAGAAAAGAUGACAGUCGUUCAUCCACAAUCAGCGUUACAAAAGGUCAUGUGCUGACGGGAUAUGUCAUUCAUAAACAGCGGACUUAUGACAUUAUGGCAUGCGCACAGUUAUGUUUGGGGCGCCCAAACUGCACGUCAUUCAAUUACGAGAACACCCGAAAUGGAAUCUGUGAGCUAAACAGCAAAGUGUUUGAUGUAGACAAGGUUGUGAGAAAAAAUGUGCUCUCUACCAAGAAAGGGUAUUCAUUUAGUCAGCUGGUUAACUUCAGUGCUCCAGUUUUCCCACAUAGUGGAGGACAAAUCGAAGAAUUUGUCUUCACAACCCUGGGCGCCCGAGGACAAACUGGGCCCAACGCACUUGACGCGGAUGAAGAGCUGACACCGCUCGGACAUCACCUGGCAACAUUACCCGUCGACCCACGCGUGGGCAAGAUGAUUUUAUUUGGUGCAAUCUUCUCGUGUUUGGACCCUGUGUUGACUGUGGCGUCUGUUCUAGGAUUCAAAGAUCCUUUUGUUUUUCCGUUGCCUGGUCAGACAACAGAGAAUGGCACCAGGUGUGGUGGGACGGGAGGGUCCGGUGGACAAGUCUGUGAUGCUGAUACGGGUAACAUUGACCACGAUUUAGCGGCCGGGGGAGGAGCGGGAUUAAAGGGGGAUGGGAACGGGGGACCUGGGAUUGCACAGAUGCCCUCAAGUUUUAUUAAUGGCGGAACUGGGGGAACAUGUCCGGUGUCCCAAGGAGGCUUCGGUGGGGGCGCAUUCGCCUUUGUACUUGGUGGUGGUGGGGGUGGGUAUUCCGGUGGGGGAGUUGUUGGGACCUCGUCAAGUGGUGUAGCAGGGGGAGGAGGAUCGUAUAAUAGCGGAACAAAUCAACUGAACGCGGCGGGUGUUAAUAAAGGCCACGGGAAAGUUAUAAUCAAGUUUAAGACUUAAAGCAAGACCAUGAGCGGGCUUCGCGCUUAAAACUGCCCUGAGCUUUAUAAUGAUAAACUCUUAAUCACAGAAGGUAGCUUGUGCAGAGGUGCAAUGGGGAAAAUCAUGUUGUGGUAUUAAAACAAACACAAGCCAAGAUAUGUUUCACAUUAUGAUAAACUUCAUCAAUGGUUAUUUAUUCAUUUAGUUGGAGAUCACUGAAUAUGGACUGAAAAUGAAAACAUGGAUUUAUUUACGAUCUGAAUAAAG